UUUCCUUUUCUUUUUGGGUGACAGACGGACUAACAGAGGGAAGCGCUUCCUGACAAUAAGGAGGUGCGUCUUAUUUCCAUUCCAGUGAUUGACUGCGCACGGCUUCCACCGCCAGGAGCUGCGGGCAUUGACGCAUUGUGGAGUCGACAUCAGGGAGGGGGCGAGCAUUGCAAACCCCCGGCUUCACCACACAUCGGACGCAUAUAUCGGCGUAACCACCGCGAUGGCCACCAUGCAGCUCGAAACGGGGGACCACCAGCCGGAGAACGGCUUUGUGACCACCGAAACCUCGUUUCCGGAUGUGCUGAACCGAUUCGAUCGGUCCGUCCUGCCGUUUCUCGGGGGGUUUGGGAAAUACCAGAAACAGCUGAUCGUGCUGACAUGGAUCCCUGCGUUAUUUAUCGGAUUCAGCCAGUUCUCCGACAACGUUCUCCUGGCGCAGCCAAACAGCACAUGUAUCCAGCAUUUGCCAAACGCGACUGGGCACACUGCGGAUCAUUCCUCGCUGCUGGACAGCCCGAUAAACAUGAGCUCCCCGCCUGCUCCUCUUUCUGCCGGUGGGAAUGACAGCGGGUACAACGACAGCGUGCAUUGCAGCUGCUGCAACUGUAGCGAGUGGACAUUCGAGCUGCACACAGGACUUGAACAGAACGUGGUUACUAAGUGGAGUCUGGUGUGUGACUCGGCAUGGAAAGUCCAUAUUGCAAAAUUCUCUCUGUUGGUGGGGUCAAUCUUUGGAUAUCUUGUAUUUGGGAUUCUUUCUGACUGGUUUGGAAGACACCUGGUGCUGAUCAUAUCGGUGCUGUUUAUGCUGGUGUUUGGUCUGACAGUGGCCUUCUCUGUCAAUGUCCCCAUGUUCAGCACCUUGCGGUUCUUUGAGGGGUUCUGUCUUGCAGGAAUUAGUCUUUCACUCUAUGUCCUGAGAAUUGAGUUGUGCAUGCCAAGAUGGCGCUUUUCCAUGACCAUGGUGGCCAGCUUUGUGGUUUUGGGCGGUCAGCUCCUCAUGCCUGGGGUGGCGUACCUCUGUCGCGACUGGCAGGUACUUCAAGCUGUCAUCAUCUGUCCCCUGCUGCUUAUGCUGUCCUACAUUUGGAUAUUUCCUGAGUCGCUGCGCUGGCUGAUGGCAACCCAGCAAUACAGCCGUUCCAGAUGGAUCAUGGCACACAUAGCAAAGAAGAAUAAAGCGAUCACUGAAAUUGAUCACGAAAGCAUCCUCACAAAAUUAGGAAAUUCUCUACAGAAGAAACCCAAAAGGACUUGCAUUGUAAAAAUGGCCGUUACAAAAAGACUGUGGAAGAACAUCGUCGUCUUAUGCGUUAAUUCGCUAACAGGCUAUGGGAUCCACCACUGCUUUGCCAGGAGCAUGGUCGAUCCAGAGGCUGGAGAAAGUACUAUGUUCCACAACUUCUAUGCAGACUAUUACACCAUGGCGGGUAUAGCUGUGGCAUCAUGCAUUGCACUGUGCCCCGCAGUGGGCAUAAUGGGUCGACGUGGUGGACUUCUAAUGUUCAUGAUCAUUACCGCUCUGGCAUCACUACUGCAGCUGGGCUUGCUAAAAUUGCUUGUAAAAUACGACAAACAUCUAAAUAUAGACGACCAGUCAGGUACGCUGAAUAAGAACUUUUCAAUUGCCUUCUCCAUCAUUGGUAUGUUCUCCUCCCACGCUGUCAGCAACCUGAGCAUCUUCUUCUGUGCCGAGAUCACUCCCACUGUGAUCAGGGGUGGUGGUGUUGGCCUUGUACUGGCCAGUGCUGGGUUCGGUAUGCUCACUGCACCUAUCAUGGAGCUACACAAUCAAAAAGGCUACUUCCUUCAUCACAUCAUUUUUGCCUGUUGUACUCUCAUUUGCAUCAUUUGUAUUCCUCUUUUGCCCAACACGCGUGACGGACCACUCCCUGAGACCCUUCUUGAUGGUGAGGACAACGCUCAUCAGCCUUUGUCAAACUCACAGAAACAAAAAGAACAGGAUGCCCUGCUCCUUCGGCAAGGGAGCAACAAGGACUACGCCAAAGUACAAGACACGCCACUUCACGAGGCAGCCAAUGCUGCUCUGUCAACCAUGGGCUCAACUGCUUCUUCUGCAAUCGAUUUGACUAUAGCACCUGGAGAUUUUCCUAAUGUUAAGGAACAACCUGAAAAGCUUGAGAUACAAGAGCCUAGCGGCCACUCUUCGCCAUUCCCACUGCCAGCCCCUACAUCUGCCCAGGGUGAAGAUAGCAUCAUACAAGCUAACAAAAAUCGUCUCUUAUUUUCCAGUCCUUCAGACAGAACCCCAUGCAACACAGUUCCACUUUUGGCUGAUGCAGAAGAACUACCGGCAGUUCAGAAAUCUAGUGAUCCACCAUUAGAUAUUAUACAACUUGAACUAAUAGAGAUGUCUUCUUCUCCUAAAAGCGACGAUUCCCCUGCCACUGCUGUUUCCCGUCACUCUUCAACUGCUAUGAUCUCUCCGACAAUGCCCACUGCCUCAUUGAUUAGCACUACCCCUGUCAUCGAGCCCCGUCCUAGCUCAACACUUGAGUCUCCAAACCCACAAGAUGAUGACAUUGAUGAUAUCAUUAGAACACCUGAACCAUUAGUAUUUGAGGAAUCUCCUGGUAUUUUGGAAGACCUUCCUUCACCAUCUAUACAUGACAGCCUUCCUCCACCCCCUGUUCCCUCUCCUGUCCCACAGACAGACCUGGACACACCUGCACAACCUUUAACCGCCAUUACCACACUCUCUGAUAUUUCCCUACAUUUAGAACAAAUAGAUGAAUCUGCAUUUACUCCUAUUAGAAACUCAAGGCCCUCUCCUUUAGAUCUGCCCUCCUCCAAUGUUCUAAAUGUACCUUCAAAUUCCUCUGCUCCUCCCUGUUCAGACACUGUGUCAACAAAACACAUACAUCCUCCACCUACUGACUCAGAUCACAUACCCUUAGCUGACCUUUCCUCUGUCCACACUACUACAAGAAAUCCAGCUCUUCUCCCUGUCACAGACAUUGUCAAUACCUCAACUCCAGAAUCAACUACAAACAUUGUACAAGAUUCUGCCGUUUCUCAAGACUUAGAUUCUGCACAGUCAAAUUCCAAGUUGGAUUUAGACCCAGCAGAGGCAGCUCCUGUCUCUCUAAUGGACAGCACUGUGUCUUCCCCUAUAGACUCUGGUGUCCAGUCAAGCAUGGACAGGGAGACUUCCAGCACAGAAAACACUGUCAAUAGCAUGGCGUCGACAUGAUUUAGUGUCGUAGCCAAAAAAACAUGAAGCUUUAUGUGUUGCACCAGGAGGCAGCCACCCACAUCCAUAAAACAGCGUGGAGCUGGGGGAGGGUGGGCAUGUACUGCUAAACUCAGACUUCAGGUACUUCAUGAAGACUGUUCCAACUUGGAUUGGAGUAGGUUUGUCUUACAUGAGCUGCUUUGUUUCUCAGUGCUUCUUCAACCUUCCUUGCAUCAUCAUGAAUUUGGCCAAUAACUGAGAACACACAAGUGAGAGUGCCCCACUGGCUGGUUGGCAACUUGCAAAAAUGGCAAUAUAUCCUCUUCAGGAACAUGACUGGAAAUCACCAGCGUAUAAAGUACUCGGUAUUUGAGAAAAAGCACAGAUUGGAGAGAGAAAAAUGAAUAAACCCCUGUACUUUAAAAUACCCAUGAUUUCAGAGAUGUCAUCAACUCUGGUGAAGAAAAGAAAAGGCAACAACAAAUAGAGAUACCACUGGUAUGUUAGGCAAAAAACAAAAAUAAUGAAAUAGAAUCUGCCUUGGAUAUGGACAAAGAAAUUGCAAUGUUACAAAGCAGUAUUGUUGCUGUCAAUGUACAUAAUUAAUAUUUGGAGACUUUGUUUUUUUUUUUUGUUUGUUUGUUUUUUUCACCAAAUACAAAUACCAAAAGCUGCCCUAACCAAAAUGAACCUAGAUGUUGUGCCAAAAAAAAUACAUAGCAGUCCAGUGUUUUUCCUAGCUCCAAGGAAUAACUCUGGAAAGAAAUGUGGAGUAGAAAUGCCAUGUUAAAUCCUGGGUCAGUAGGUUUGUUUAUGUGCCAAUUUCUUAAGAAUUCUCAGCUCUAAGUCUGCGUUCUAAGCAGAAACACUUUAAAUCCCUUUUCAGCUUCAUAAUUUGAUGGUUCUAAUGAGAGUUUUUACCCUAAAAUUGUGUCCCAGAACAUUUCAUAUCAGCAUAGAAAAGGACGAAUAUGCCAAUCCAAUGCUGUUUAAAUAAUACCUUGUUUUUACAACUCCCUGAAAUCAUCAGACAAUGGCUCCAGUUGAUUUACUUUCUUUUUUUUUUUUUUUCAAACAUACUAAGCAAAGAGAUAGAGUUUUCAUGGGAGUCAGGUAACAGUUAAACACUGGCUUCUUUGUUAAUGAAUCCAUUUGAGAUUUCCAGAGUACAGAUUAGGGUUUAUAGGGUUUUAACUGUAUUGCUAUUGCCAAAGGUAUAUAUAUAUUUUCUUUCUUUUUUUAAUCAUUAUUAUAACUAAAAUAAAUAAAUUUCUCUCUCCUUUUCUGCAAAAUUUAACAGGUUUUACCAACCUUUCAACUGAAGCAAUCAGAGCAAGUCACAGUUAACAAAAGAUGGCCUUCCCAUCUCAGCAUGUAAAUCUAAAUGUGGCAUAACUUCACAUUUUUGUUUCCAAAUUCUUCUCAACUUGCAUAAUGAGUCCAGAAAAUAUGUUUUGCCAUUUGAUUUGUUAGAUGAAAAACUAGACUGCCUUUUUAGCACGUGAUUUUUUGUGGAUAAGGAACAACCUUUUUUUUUUUUUAGAGUUGUUUCACCCAAUGAAAAUAAUGAUAUACAAAUGCUUUCUUUCUUUUUUAUACACAUGAUCAUGUAGGUUCACCUAGUUCUUUAGCUUAACUCAGUUUUGUUUUUAAACUCCAAAGUAUUUUUUUCUUCAGAACUCUCCCUGGUGUGCCCUUAAUGUACAGAGCUAUACAUCCUUAUUACAGUAUUCGUGGCACCUUCAUAUGGUGGCACUUUAUUCUUGUGCAGUGGGGACAAAGCAUGAAAUGUUAUUGUGAAAGUGUCAACAAAACUGUUAAACCUUAAAAAAAGGAAAAAAAAAAGAAAAAAAGAAUUGUCCAAAAUGAUUGAUGCGAUUGCCAAUCAUUGCUGCAUUGAUAACGUAUAGUAUGUGUGUGUUUUCAAAAUCAUGUUCUGGCAUUAACAUAUUAUGGCAUUGUUUUCUUGCAUACGGUACAUAUUUGCACAUGCACGUGCAAAACAAUUCUUUAAAAAUACAUUGCACUACACAAAUUGACACUUUCCAAAAUAACCUGUUGAUUUUAACAAAACAAAAGGCUCUUUCUCAUGGAAUCACCUUUUCCUUCCAAAGCCUUCGUCCACCUUUGGACUGCAGCCUACUUGAGUUAAAUAUGUGUGUAACAUGACAGUUGUAUUACUUCCUGCUUUUGAGGUAGUAAUACUUGUGUACAGGGGGAUGUAUGACUGUGGAUGUACUACUGUUUACAACAAGCCUCACAAUAAUCGUUAGUAAUAAUAAUAACAAUAAUUGUGCCGUACUGUAUAACUUUAAAGACAGACAAUGUCUUGUGAUCUGAAAUGUGAUAAAAUUUAGUAGAUCAUGUAUCCAGGGAUGUGUUGAGGUGUUAUUCAGGAUUUAAAUCAUCGCCAGACCUAUAAAAUACUCUGUUAUCAUGUGAGAGAUCUGUGAAAAACCUUACACUUUGCUCACUGUUGAAAAUGCUACAUAUCUUUAAGUGUUGGAAUGAUUGAGCAAACCUCAAGUGUUUCUCAAAUGUAUGUAUUUGGAAAAAUUAGGCAAAAAAAAGCCUGCUUGCUGAUUGAUUAAUGAUGGUAAUUUAUCAGAUUGUAUCAUUAAUGAUUUAAAUGAGAUGUAGAAGUGGUUGUUUCAUACCAUAUACAAAUAGUGUAUGUCAUGUUCAAUGCUGCUAGACGUCAAAGCACAAAGACCUGCAAUUUGUUUAAAAUUAGACUCGCAUAUUUACACUUAUAUUAAAAGGGAAAACAGAUUUAAAUUUGGAAGAGAAUAGGAACUUCUAGUCACACAUUAACUUUUACAGUAGAUGUCAUGUUUGUGAGUGGGUGGAUUCCUCAGUUGGUUCUGAGUUUUUCUCUGAUUAAGUCUCUUGGUGUGCAUUGACAUUAAAUCUAAUAUACUUGAAAGAAAAAUGCAAAUCCAGAGUAAGUAAAAAAAAAAAAAAAAAGAUAACAAUCAGCAACACAGCACAACACUGGUACUGUCUCCUUCAGCAUCUGUUACUUCACAUGCUACCAUGCAGCUAUUUUAGCUCUGAGGGGAGAGAUCACAUUGCUUGUUCUGAGUUACUGUAUGCACCUAUUCCAACAUUUGAUUUAUUUCUAUGUUAUUUUGUUUUGUUUACAUGCAAAGUUAAAGGAAAGCAAUGCAGAGCAGUGACUGCACCAGCGACUAUUCUAUAGGGCUGACAUUUAUUGUUGGAAAGAGAAUAUGAAGGAGCAGUGGAUAAAGAAAAAAAAAAAAAAAGAGUGAUGGGUUAGUGUUGAACCCAGCUGAUAAACCCAGCUGAAAUCAUGAAGUACCCAGAGCACACAUUUCAGGUUUUGUGUCUCUCAGUUGAGCAACUCAACAUCUCUUUGUUGGGAGAUUUAAAUGAAUGUAAAAAGACUAAAAAACAAAAACCAUAGAUUGUACAUUUAUGUCUGAUUUCAUUUUGAUGUUAUCUUAACAGAGAUAAUGCACUUGUACAUAAGCCAUACAUGUUGUUGAAAUAAACCACUAUUUAUUGAUGAAA